AUGAAGAUAACUGACAAGUUGGAACAAGCCAAACAAAAGGGCCAUAUCAGCUACUCGUUUGAAUUCUUCCCUCCAAAAACCGAUGCUGGUCUUGCCAACUUGUUCGAUCGUAUGGGUCGCAUGGCCACAUUGGAACCUUACUUUGUCGCAUGUACUUGGGGUGCUGGUGGGUCGACACAGCAACGCACUCUGGAAGUUUGCUCGACAGCUCAAAGCGUAUACGGUCUCGAGACGCUUAUGCAUUUGACAUGCACCAACAUGGAGAAAGAAAAGAUCGAUCGUGCACUUGAAGAUGCCAAAGCAGCUGGUAUUCAAAACAUCCUUGCACUUCGUGGCGAUCCUCCAAGGGGACAAGAGUAUUGGACACCUUGCGACGACCAAUUCCAACAUGCGGCUGAUUUAGUAAAGUAUAUCCGACAGCAUUACGGUGAUUACUUUUGCAUUGGUGUUGCUGGAUACCCAGAGGGCCACAUGGAUACCCCUGACAAGGCUCAGGAUUUGCAAUAUCUCAAAGACAAGGUCGAUUGUGGUGCCGAUUUCAUUCUAUCACAACUCUUUUAUGAUGUCGACGUAUUCAAGAAUUGGGUCAAAAAGUGCAGAGAUCUUGGUAUUACUGUACCUAUCAUCCCGAGCAUUUUGCCGAUUCCCACACAUCAGAGCUUCCGUCGUAUCAUCAAUUUGUGCCGGAUACAGGUGCCAAAGACCGUUUUGGACAAGUUGGAGGAAAUCAAGAGCGAUGAUCAAAAAGUCAAGGAUUAUGGUGUGGAAUUGGCCGUGGAUAUGAUUAGUGACUUGAGAGCCUCUGGUUUAAUUGAUGGCAUUCACUUGUCAACACUCAACCUGGAACGAUCAAGCCGUUUGAUUUUGGAACAAUUGGAGCUUGCACCUAGCAAGAAAGAACAACCCAAGAAUCGUGUCUUGGCUGCCUUGGCAAGUGACGCUUCUCUAGUGGAAAAUUGGGAUGAAUUUCCUAAUGGUCGUUAUGGUGAUGCAAGAUCACCUGCCUUUGGUGAAAACACAUACAUUGCCACACAAUUAGCGCCAACAUCCGAAGCUGCCAAAAAAUGGGGCCAUCCAACGACUGUCCAAGAUAUCACUCGUCUCUUUGAGCGUUACAUUACGGGUGAUUUGAGCAGCUUACCAUGGUGUGAUGAACCGUUGCAGACUGAAUCGGAUACAAUCCAGCAACAUUUGACACAAUUCAACCGACAAGGUUACUGGACGGUGGGUUCGCAACCUGCAGUCAAUGGUGCAAGGAGUGAAGAUCCGGUAUAUGGAUGGGGUCCCAAAGGUGGCUACGUAUAUCAAAAGGCAUUUAUCGAAUGCUUUGUGUCGGAUGAACAACUUCACAAGCUUUUGGAAAGACUCAAGAAGGAUCCUCAUGUUACGUACUAUGCUACCAAUCGCAAGGGUGAUCUUUCAACCAAUGUAGAAAACACCGAGGAUCAAAACGCGGUAACAUGGGGCGUAUUCCCUGGCAAAGAAAUUGUACAGCCAACCAUUAUUGAGCGUGUCAGUUUUGAAGCAUGGCGUGAUGAAGCAUAUCAGUUGUGGAAAGAAUGGGAGCAACAAUACCCUGCAGAUAGCAAGACAGCCCAACUUUUACGUGACAUUGCUGAGCGAUAUUGGUUAAUCAACGUGGUCCAUAAUGAUUUUCAACAACCAAGUAGUUUAUUUGAAGCAAUGCUUCCAUAA